CGAAGGGGGCGACCACGCACAGUCGCACACUCAUCCUUUCGCUCCAAACUCGUAAUUGUAAAUCGUGAGGGAUCGCGCAGCUCUCCAUUCCCCUCGAUCGCACCACCUUAUCUCCUCACUCCUCACCGUGUGUGUUCGAGGAAGAAGAGGGGGGAACUAUUUCACAUAUUUUCUACCCCCCCCUCCUCCGUUCAAUUAAAAGGGGGGCUGCGCAUGUUAAUGGGCAUCUUUGGACGGCCGUCUUCCUCAUCCAUGUGUGCGUCUCCGAGCGCGCUGGAAGCAGCAGCAGCAGCAGAAGCAGCACCUUGAAGAGCAGAAGGAGGAGGAGGAUUUCUUUUUUCUGCCGUACCGUGUCGUGCUCAGUGGAAAUACACUCGCCUGCUCCGGUUACUAUCAAAACCGAAAGGGAGGGAAGGAGAAGAAGAAGAAGAAGUAGCAGCAUAAGGGGCUAUUUCGUGGGGAGCAUCCCGCACCAAAAAAAAAAAUUAAAAAAAAUUGGGUGAAUUGUCAACGGGACAGGCCUGCUCCAUUGGAUGUGUCUUCAGAAUGAAGCGCUCAAACUAAACUGGCAUUGUAACCCACAUUUGAUUUUGAAAAGAGUGUGGAGGCAGCCAUGGAAGUGAAGGAACGUAGACCCUACCGCUCGCUCACCGCCCGGCAGGACUCAGAGCGCCGCUACACCAGCUCCUCAGCCGACAGCGAGGACGGCAAACCCAACCCCAAAUCCUACAGCUCCAGUGAAACACUCAAGGCCUUCGACCAUGACUCGAGGAUGGCGUACGGGAGCCGUGUCAAGGAAAUGGUUCAUCACGAAGUGGACGAGUUCAGCCGGCAAGGGACAGACUUCUCCCUUCGAGACCUUGGCUUUGGAGAAGCCCUCCCAUCGCACGUGGCCACGUACAGGACUGACCUGGGGAUGCCACACCGCGACUACUCAGUCAGUGUGGGCUCGGAUGCAGACACAGAGACAGACGGCAUCAUGUCGCCGGAGCAUGCGGUCAGAUUAUGGGGCCGUAGCAACACCAAGUCAGGCCGCAGCUCAUGUCUCUCCAGCCGGGCCAACUCCAACCUAACCCUCACCGACACCGAGCACGAGAACACGGAAAACGACGGAGCCUUUCAGAAUCACUCUCGGCUGCGGACGCCUCCUCUACCGCUCUCCCACUCUCACUCGCCCAAUCAUCAGCACCAUGCAGCCUCCAUUAACUCGUUGAACAGGGGCAACUACACGCCGCGGAGCAACCCGAGUCCCGCGCCCACAGACAGCUCUGCUCCACCGGAGGGUCCUGCCAGCGGCCAAGACUCUGGCAGCGCACAUGACAACUGGCUACUCAACAGCAACAUCCCCCUGGAAACAAGAAACAUAGCAAAGCAGACAUUCCUAGAGACUUUACAGGACAACCUCAUUGAGAUGGACAUUCUGGCAUCAGCACGCCAUGAUGCCUCGUACAACGACGGGCACUUCCUGUUCAAACCAGGUGGAACGUCGCCAAUGUAUUGCACAACUUCACCAGGAUACCCUUUGACCUCCAGCACGGUGUACUCGCCUCCCCCGCGCCCUUUGCCUCGAAACACCUUCUCUCGACCUGCCUUCAGCCUGAAGAAGCCGUACAAGCACUGCAACUGGAAAUGUGCUGCUCUCAGUGCCAUCCUCAUCUCAGUAACACUGCUGCUCCUGUUAGCCUAUUUCAUUGCCAUGCACCUUUUUGGAUUAAACUGGCACCUGCAGCCCAUGCAGAGACAGAUGUACCAGCUGUCAGAGGACAAUACAAGUGGCCUACCCUUUCCUACAGACCUGAGCUUGCCACCACUAGGCAACACAGGCUUGGAAUUACCUGACCGCAAGGGAAAAGAUAACAGCAAAUUGGACAGCUUGUUCCCAGAUGACAGCUAUAUAGAUAUGGGAGAGAUUGACGUGGGGCGCAAGGUCGCGCAGCAGAUUCCUCCUGGUAUCUUCUGGAGAUCCCAAGUCUUCAUUGAUCAUCCCAUGUACCUGAAGUUUAAUGUGUCCCUCAGCAAAGAUGCCUUAGUGGGAAUCUAUGGAAGGAGAGGAUUUCCUCCAUCACACACACAGUUUGACUUUGUGGAGCUUUUGGAUGGACGGCGGCUCCUCGCCCAAGACAUCCAUGGUCUGGAGGGGCCUGUGGCUAUGCAGCGAAGCCUCAUACCUAUCACCACACACGACACGGGCUUUAUCCAGUACAUGGACUCAGGCAUCUGGCACUUGGCCAUCUACAAUGAUGGAAAAGAAACUGAAACUGUCUCCUUCCUUACCACUGCCAUAGAUUCUAUUGAUGACUGUCCCAGUAACUGCUUUGGGAACGGUGACUGUGUUGCUGGAACAUGCCACUGCUUUUUAGGAUUCAAAGGACCUGACUGUGGGCGAGCUGCCUGCCCAGUGCUAUGCAGUGGGAACGGUCAAUACCUUAAAGGUCGCUGCAUGUGUCACAGCGGCUGGAAGGGCUCAGAGUGUGACGUCCCCACCAACCAGUGCAUUGACGUCACAUGCAGCAGCCAUGGGACCUGCAUCGUGGGAACCUGUAUCUGCAACCCCGGCUACAAGGGAGAAAACUGUGAAGAAGUGGACUGCCUGGAUCCAACAUGCUCAGGCCGUGGGGUUUGUGUCCAGGGAGAGUGCCACUGCUUUGUGGGGUGGGGCGGGCCAGGAUGUGAGAGCCCCAGGGCCUCCUGCAUGGACCAGUGCUCUGGACACGGUGCUUUCCUGGCAGACGCCGGAACCUGCAGCUGUGAUCCCAACUGGACAGGCCAUGACUGCUCUACAGAGAUUUGUGCAGCGGACUGUGGUGGCCAUGGCAUUUGUGUUUCGGGCACCUGCCGCUGUGACGACGGCUGGAUGGGCACUGGGUGUGACCAGAGGGCGUGUCACCCACGCUGCAACGAACAUGGCACUUGCAAGGACGGCAAAUGUGAAUGCAGUCCGGGUUGGAAUGGCGAGCACUGCACUAUUGCUCACUAUCUGGAUAAGGUAGUGAAAGAGGGCUGUCCUGGUUUGUGCAAUGGAAAUGGUAGGUGCACUCUGGGUAACAAUGGCUGGUACUGUGUGUGCCAGCUGGGCUGGAGGGGCACUGGCUGUGACACCUCUAUGGAAACUGCCUGCAGUGAUGUCAAGGACAACGAUGGAGAUGGCCUGGUGGACUGCAUGGAUCCAGACUGCUGUCUGCAGGCAACCUGUCACACCACCUCUCUGUGUGUGGGCUCCCCGGAUCCCCUGGACAUCAUCCAAGAGACACAGAUGUCCUCUACACAGAGCAACCUGCAGACUUUCUACGACCGGGUGCGAUUCCUGGUGGGCAGGGACAGCACCCACACCAUCCCUGGAGCCAAUCCCUUCGACGGCAACCAUGCUUGUGUCAUUCGUGGGCAAGUAGUGACCUCAGAUGGAACGCCGUUAGUUGGAGUUAACAUCAGUUUCAUCAACAACCCAUCAUACGGUUACACAAUCACCAGGCAAGAUGGAAGUUUUGACUUGGUGACCAAUGGGGGUAUUGCCAUAGCCCUGCGCUUUGAGCGCGCUCCAUUCAUCACCCAGGAGCACACUCUGUGGUUGCCAUGGGGACGUUUCUUUGUCAUGGAUACCAUCGUCAUGCGGCAUGAGGAAAAUGACAUCCCUAGCUGUGACCUCAGCAGCUUUACCAGGCCCAUUCCCGUGGUGUCCCCAGCUCCGCUCACUGCAUUUGCUGGCACCUGCGCUGAAAGGGGGACCGUCGUACCUGAAAUCCAGUCUCUGCAGGAGGACAUCCCUAUACCGGGGACCGAAAUGAAGCUGAGCUAUUUAAGCAGCAGGACCGCAGGUUACAAAUCGCUGCUGAGGGUGACCCUCACCCACUCCACAAUCCCUUUCAAUUUGAUGAAGGUUCACCUCAUGGUGGCUGUGGAGGGCAGGCUGUUCAGAAAGUGGUUUCCUGCAGCCCCAAACCUCUCCUAUGACUUUGUGUGGGACAAGACUGAUGUCUACAGCCAGAAGGUCUAUGGCUUGUCUGAAGCUUUUGUUUCAGUGGGUUUUGAGUAUGAGUCAUGUCCGGACCUCAUUCUAUGGGAGAAGAGGACUGCUGUUCUACAGGGAUACGAAACCAUUGCCUCCAAACUGGGAGGUUGGACUGUAGACAAGCACCAUGCUUUAAAUAUCCAGAGUGGUAUUCUUCAUAUGGGCAACGGAGAGAAUGUCUUCAUCUCCCAGCAGCCUCCUGUAAUCGGCAGCGUGAUGGGGAAUGGGCGCAGGCGCAGCAUUUCCUGCCCCAGCUGUAAUGGCCUCGCCGACGGAAACAAGCUGAUGGCCCCCGUGGCUCUGGCUUGUGGCUCAGAUGGAAGUCUGUACGUGGGCGACUUCAACUAUGUGAGGAGGAUUUUCACCACAGGAAAUGUCACCAGCGUCCUGGAGCUCAGAAAUAAAGACUUCAGGCAUAGCAACAGCCCCGCUCAUAAGUACUACCGCACCAGUCCGGUGAACAGCGCCGUGUACCUUUCGGACACCAGCAGCAGGAAGGUGUUCAAGGUGAAAUCCCUAAAUGUUGUGAAAGAUGUGGCCAAGAACCUGGAGCUGGUGGCAGGCACUGGUGACCAGUGUCUCCCAUACGAUGACACUCGCUGUGGGGAUGGAGGAAAGGCUGUUGAGGCCACUCUCACUAACCCCAGAGGCAUUACGGUGGAUAAGUACGGUGUAAUCUUCUUUGUGGAUGGGACCAUGAUUCGCAGGAUUGAUCAGAAUGGUAUCAUCUCUACUCUACUGGGCUUCAAUGACCUGACCUCUGCCCGACCUCUCAGCUGUGAUGCUGUGAUGGACAUCUCUCAGGUUCGUCUUGAGUGGCCCACAGACCUGGCAGUGAGUCCCAUGGACAACUCCCUGUAUGUCCUGGAUAACAAUGUAGUGCUCCAGAUCUCAGAAAACCAUCAAGUCCGUAUUGUGGCUGGCCGCCCCAUGCACUGCCAAGUGCCUGGGAUUGACCAUUUCCUCAUGAGCAAAGUGGCCAUCCAUGCCACCCUGGAGUCAGCUAACGCCUUAGCUGUUUCCCACAAUGGCGUUUUGUACAUUGCCGAGUCAGAUGAAAAGAAAAUAAACAGAGUACGACAGGUGUCCACCAAUGGAGAGAUCUCCCUGGUUGCAGGAGCACCAAGUGGCUGUGACUGCAAGAACGAUGCCAACUGUGAUUGUUACUCUGGAGAUGAGGGCUAUGCCAAGGACGCUAAGCUGAACGCACCCUCUUCCCUAGCAGUAUGUCCAGAUGGAGAGCUUUAUAUUGCAGAUCUUGGCAACAUUCGUAUUCGCUAUGUGCGAAAAAACAAGCCCUAUCUGAAUCCCCUCAGCAUGUAUGAGGUGUCCUCCCCCAUUAAUGAUGAACUCUAUCUGUUUGAUUCCAACGGCAGCCACAUUUUUACACAAAGUCUGACCACGGGAGACCACCUCUACAACCUGACCUACACAGGAGCCGGAGAUAUCAGCAGCAUUACUGAUAAGAACAAAAACACUGUAAUCAUCCGACGAGACACAACAGGAAUGCCUCUCUGGCUGAUGGUCCCCGAUGGACAGACCUUCUGGUUCACCAUUGGCACUAACAGCGCCCUUAAAACUGUUGCCGCCCAAGGUCAAGAACUAGCUGUGAUGACCUACCAUGGAAGUUCAGGACUGCUAGCAACGAAGACAAAUGAAAAUGGAUGGACAACCUUCUUUGAGUAUGACAACUACGGGCGUCUGACUAACGUCACUUACCCCACGGGCCGGGUGAGCAGCUUCCGCACAGAUGCCGACAGCUCGGUCCGCAUCCAGACGGAGGGCUCCAACAAAGAGGAUAUCACCGUCACCACCAACCUGUCAGCCUCUGGCACCUUCUACACUCUUAUGCAGGAUCAAGUUCGGAACAGCUACUUCAUUGGUUUGGAUGGCUCACUGCGGCUAGUUUUAGCCAAUGGUAUGGAGGUAUCGCUGUACACGGAGCCCCACCUGCUGGCCGGUACAGUCAACCCCACAGUCAGCAAGAGGAACGUGACCCUGGCUAUCGACAACGGACUCAACCUGGUGGAGUGGAGGCAGAGGAAGGAGCAGGCUCGUGGCCAGGUCACUGUGUAUGGACGCCGAUUAAGGGUUCAUAACAGGAACUUGCUGUCACUGGACUUCGAUCGAAUCACCAGGACGGAAAAAGUCUACGAUGACCACAGGAAGUUCACAUUACGUAUCCACUAUGAUCAUGCUGGUCGGCCAACUCUAUGGGCACCGAGCAGCCGUCUGAACGGAGUCAAUGUCACCUACUCAUCUGGAGGCCACGUGGCCGGCAUCCAAAGAGGCACCAUGUCUGUACGAAUGGAGUACGACCAGAACGGCAGAAUCACCUCCCAGAUAUUUGCCGACGGGAAAUCUUGGAGCUACACUUAUCUGGAGAAGUCGAUGGUCCUGCUGCUCUACAGCCAGAGGCAGUAUAUCUUUGAAUUUGACAAAAAUGAUCGACUCUCCUCUGUGACCAUGCCCAACGUAGCUCGGCAGACCCUCGAGACCUCCCGCUCCAUUGGCUACUACAGAAACACCUACCGGCCCCCUGAAGGCAACGCCUCAGUGCUCCAGGACUACAGUGAGGACGGCCAGUUGCUGCAGACCACCUACCUGGGCACGGGCCGCAGGGUCAUCUACAAAUACGGAAAGCUGGCCAAGCUGUUGGAGAUUCUUUACGACACCACGCGCAUCGGUUUCUCCUAUGACGAGGUGGCCGGCAUGCUGAAGACCGUCAACCUGCAGAGCGAGGGCUUUACUUGCACCAUCCGCUACCGUCAGAUCGGCCCACUGAUAGACCGGCAGAUUUUCAGAUUCAGCGAAGAAGGGAUGGUCAACGCCAGAUUUGACUAUGUCUAUGACAACAGUUUCCGUGUCACCAGCAUGCAGGCUGUCAUCAAUGAAACACCGCUGCCAAUUGACUUGUAUCGCUACGAUGACGUGUCUGGCAAAACAGAGCAGUUUGGCAAAUUUGGAGUAAUCUACUAUGACAUAAAUCAAAUUAUAACCACAGCGGUGAUGACCCACACCAAGCACUUUGAUGCUUAUGGCCGAGUAAAGGAGGUCCAAUAUGAGAUCUUUCGCUCACUCAUGUACUGGAUGAUGGUGCAGUAUGACAAUAUGGGCCGGGUGGUGGCGAAGGAGCUAAAAGUGGGACCAUAUGCCAACACCACACGCUAUACGUAUGAGUACGACGCUGAUGGUCAACUCCAGGUGGUCUCCAUCAAUGACAAGCCUCUGUGGAGGUACAGCUAUGACCUAAAUGGCAAUCUACACCUCCUCAGCCCUGGAAACAGCGCUCGUCUCACACCACUACGCUACGACAUCAGAGAUCGCAUCACUCGCUUGGGAGACGCCCAGUAUAGGAUGGAUGAGGAUGGUUUCCUUAAGCAGCGAGGGAAUGACUACUUUGAGUAUAACUCAGCUGGCCUGCUAAUUAAAGUGUACAACAAAGUGAGCAGCUGGAGCAUCAAGUACCGCUAUGAUGGCCUGGGCAGGAGGGUGUCCAGCAGAAACAGCAUGGGCCACCACCUGCAGUUCUUCUACGCUGACUUAUCCAGCCCUACUCGGGUCACCCAUAUGUAUAAUCACUCCAGCUCUGAGAUCACUUCACUCUAUUAUGACCUGCAGGGACACCUCUUUGCCAUGGAGUUAAGCAGCGGGGAUGAGUUUUAUGUAGCCUGUGAUAACAUAGGCACCCCUCUCGCUGUGUUCAGUGGUUCAGGCCUCAUGAUUAAGCAGGUCCUCCAUACAGCAUUCGGAGAGGUUUACCUCGACACCAACCCCAGCUUCCAGCUCAUAAUCGGCUACCAAGGAGGCCUGUAUGAGCCUCUCAGUAGACUGGUCCACAUGGGGAGACGCGAUUAUGACGUCCUAGCUGGCCGCUGGACAACACCCAACCAUGACAUCUGGAAACGUCUCAACAGCAACCACAUUGUGCCAUUCAACUUGUACAUGUUCAAGAAUAACAAUCCUCUAAGCAACAAUGAGGAGACAAAGUGCUACAUGACGGAUGUCAACAGCUGGUUGGUGACCUUUGGUUUCCAACUCUACAACGUUAUCCCCGGCUAUCGGAAACCAAACACAGAGACCAUGGAGCCAUCCUACGAGUUAGUCCGCACCCAGAUCAAGACGCAGGAGUGGGAUAGCACCAAGUCUUUGCUGGGUGUUCAGUGUGAAGUUCAGAGGCAGCUGAAGGCCUUUGUGAAGCUAGAGCGUUUUGGGCAAAUCUACAGAGCCAAAAGUGCCGGAUGUCCUCAGACAGAGGACAAGAAGAUCUUUGCUUCUGGUGGCUCCAUCUUCGGAAAGGGGGUGAAAUUUGCCAUCCGAGACGGUCGCAUCAGCACUGACAUCAUUAGCUUGGCCAACGAGGACGGGCGUCGCAUGGCUGCAGUUCUAAACGACGCGUUCUAUCUUGAAAACCUGCAUUUCACCAUCACGGGAAUGGAUACCCACUACUUUGUCAAACUGGGCUCGGUGGAGGGAGAUCUGGCGUUGAUCGGCAUGACGGUAGGCCGGCGCACUCUGGAGAAUGGCGUCAAUGUGACAGUGUCUCAGGUCAACACUGUAUUCAAUGGCAGGACUAGGCGCAUUACUGACAUCCAGCUGCAAUAUGGCGCGCUGAGUCUGAAUACGCGUUACGGCAGCAGCGUGGACGAGGAGAAAGCCCGAGUGUUGGAGCUGGCCCGGCAGAGAGCUGUUGCCCAGGCUUGGGCCCGGGAGCGCCAGAGACUAAGGGACGGGGAGGAGGGCUCGCGAACCUGGACUGAGGGAGAAAAGCAGCAGCUCCUAGGCUCAGGGAAGGUGCAAGGCUACGAUGGCUACUACGUGGUUUCAGUUGACCAAUACCCUGAGCUGGCAGACAGUGUCAACAACAUUCAUUUCAUGAGACAGAGUGAAAUGGGCCGAAGGUGACAUGAACACGAGGCUCCCGAGUGACACUCACAUGUAGGACAUGGGACUUCUUGCCAAAGACAGUUGUGUACAUGACCACUUUUUUUUUUCUUUGACUGUGCUCAACUUGGUUUUUAAUAUGCUGUAAAAAAAAAACAGAAAAAAAAAGAAAGACAGACAGAAAACAAAAUGGUUGCAAUCAGUUGCACUGUAUUAAUGGAAGAGUGCCCUUCUCCUUUUGAAGAUUCUUUAACAGUCUUUGCCCUCCAAGUGCGGCUGCUAGAGGAUGAAAUUUUGCGAUGUCUUUGACUCAUUUUUGUGACUCCAUUUCCUCAUCCCUGUUGGUGAUUCUGUUCAAAGGAAUCCAAGAGGAGUAUUGGUAAUGCAUUAUGUUCACUGGCUCACUCUGCUGCCAGACUUGCAGAUUGUUAUUCACAAGCUUGCUCCAUUCUGCCUUUUCUGCGCCUCAGCCAAGGAGAUUCCUUCUCUUUUAAUCACUUCUUUUUAUACUUGAAACCCUCAUAGCCCCAGUCAUCCAUAAAUAAUGAGAGAGAUUUCAGUUGGCGGUAGAGCCCUUCAUCAAAACCCCAGCUGAACUUGUCAAAGCACCUUCAUUUGUGUGAUGUCUUGUAAUUUUUAAGAGGAGGCUUGAUACUCAUUUGUGGUCUUAGCUUGGAAGGCUUCAGUGCACCCUGACUGUGCAUGUUAGCCUUUUUUAUGAACUACAAAAUUAGCAAAACUGCUUAAUUAAGCUUAAAUUGUGUGGUAAAGCCAACAAAGGGAUAUGAGGUCACUUUUUGUUUGGUGUGUAUUUUAUUUAAAACAGAAGAAAUUGUUCUCUGCUCCUUUUCAUUUGACUGUGGUCAAACAACUCGAUUAUGAAAAUAGUGAAGAGCCAACCCUGUAAGAAAAUACUGUGGAAUUAUUGUCUGUAUUAAACAACAAAAGGUAUUUUACAGGAAUGGUUUUGAAUUAUAUUUUAGUUUUGUUUUAUAAAUAGCUAUAUGAAUUAACAGUAUAACAAAUGUGAAUUUAAAAAAAUGUGAACUAUUGUCCCUUUUAUUGUUAAUUGUUGUACUUGAACAAUACUUAAGGGUGUUUGAACACAUGGAAUAAACUCUGAAAGGUGGUUUAGUUAAAUCAAUUACUGUGUUUUUCAUUAGACCGACUGCAUUCUACUGAUCUCAGUUGCAUAUGAAAGGCACUGUUUGUUUAGUGAGCUUAAGUCAGUAUUCCUCACCACAGUGUCCAAUCAAAUGAAGCUCGGGAUGAAAAUAAUUUUAAAACGUGACACUACAAAGAGGGUCAAAGAAACCAGUCUCAUCAGCGAUAUACGCAACAUCAACAUAUCGUCUGCCGAGACAGAUAGGCUUUGCAUUGUGUUGUGGGUAAGAUGAAAGAUACAAAUUGCCUUUGCCCUAAGGGCUGCCCGCAGGUCAGCAUCGAAAGUGCUUUCAUUCUCCAGAAUAGUGCUCCACUUGGUCCCAUGGCUGGCUGAAAUGCAUUAGGCCUGCAGGUGUACUAGCUCCCGUUUACAGACUAAAGGUCGUCCAUACACGCCAACCUUGGAAAUAACCCACGUGGACUCUUUCUAGCUCCCAUAUAUCCGUGUCCCCCUCAGUGGAUACUGCAAAGGACAAUUUACUUCUGCUCAUUCGAAAAUGUCAUGAUGUGAGAACUCAAGAGGAGUCGAGACUAUUUUGGAAAUUGUGACGUUGAUUUGACGUCUGGUACUUUUUGAACUAUGCCAAGCCACUGCGCACUCCUGACUUUAUCAUUUUGUCCAUCAAACAUAUGAACUCGUUUGUGUGUGUAGGGGUGUUGAGAGCAUGGUUGAGUGUCUCAAUCUGUACAAAAGAUAAAGCAAACAGUACAUGGGUUUUUUUUUUUUUUCUUUUCUGAUGUUGGUUGAUUCAGUGACAUUUUGUUUCCAAAAAAAAUAUGUAUGUUCUACAUAAUAUGAAUGAAGGAUAUUUGCAUUGUGGAAUAUUGCACUGAGAACUGUUGCAUCAUAAGACUGUAUCUUUUUCUAAAGUUUUGGACUCAUUUUGAGUUUUGGUUUGUUCUUAACACUGUGUUUUUAGCGCUUCUCUUUGACUGUGUAAAUAUGGAGACAUCAAAGUAAGCUGUAAAUAAAAUGCAAAUGUAGAUACCUCUUAGAGCUACAUCGGUGACCCUGUGUAGUCUUAAGGUAGAAAAAAUAAAGGGAAUAUUUUGUGUUUA